GGUCAUACAAUAUUUAGGCUUACCUUAUCAGAGACCAAAUCUGGGUCAUAAUAGAUAGACUGAAAUACUUUACAGCAUUAAAAUGAUAACGUAAUAGGCCGAAGUCAAAAUGGAGCCCAGUGUUAUUUUACUUGUGACGGCAUGCUUGACUGUCGGUAUUCAUGGUACCUUGCGGAUGCCAAACUACUACAGUGACCAUAUGGUUUUGCAACGAGCACCUGCUCGCGCCAUUUUGUGGGGAUAUGCUGACGUCAUUGGUGAUACAGUUAAUAUUAUCAUGAACGGUGUCAAAAUCGAGCAGACGACAGUGCAGAGAAGUACUAAGAAUGGUACAGAAGGGUUUUGGAAAGUUAAGCUUCCAGCACAAACCAGUCCUGGACCACAUGCGAUUCAAGUGAACUCUAGUGAGGGCAUGCUCACUUUUGUAAACGUCAUGUUUGGGGAUGUUUGGAUAUGUUCAGGACAAAGUAAUAUGCAGUUUUCAAUGCGAGAGGUGUUCAACAGUACAUAUGAAAUCGACAACUCCAUACAGUACAAUAAUAUUCGAAUGAUGUUUUCUGAUUUUGUACGCUCAAAUGUGCCACUUGAUGAUGUCUCUUUAAAACAUUCAUGGAAAUAUCCCGUCAAAGGUACCAUAGAUUCGUUUUCGGCCCUAUGCUUCAUGUUUGCACGUGAUCUUCAAAAGCAUUUGAAGUAUCCAAUAGGAGUAAUUGAAUCCGAUUGGGGCGGUACUCCAAUAGAAGUGUGGAGUGGUCCGGAUGCUAUAAAAGAUUGUCCAUCAAAUUUCAGCUUUACUCCAAGUAAGUAUGUACCGACAGAGAGAGGAGUUCUCUGGAACUCUAUGAUACACCCCUACCUGUCAAUGACAAUUAAAGGCGCCAUCUGGUAUCAAGGUGAAUCAAACUCGGGCCAUCCUGACCUAUAUGCAUGUCAGUUUCCCGCCAUGAUCGACGACUGGCGGAAGAAAUUCCAUGCUGGAUCAGACGGUGAAACAAGUGAUCACUUCCCGUUUGGAUUCGUUCAGCUCGCACCAAAUCGGGCUGGUAGUGCAAUUGGUGGUUUCCCGCCAACACGAUGGGCACAGACGACAAAUGUUGGCUAUGUGCCAAACUCCAAUAUGUCAGAUACUUUUAUGGCAGUUGCAGUUGAUUUACCAGAUUUUAAUUCUCCUUCGGGUAGUAUUCAUCCGACAUAUAAACAAGAUGUAGCAGCUCGACUAGUUCUGGGAGCCAUGAAUGCUGCCUAUGGUGACAAAAGUGUUGUAUUCCAAGGUCCAUUUCCUACCGAGUAUAAAAUGAACAAUGGACGACACGUUUUAAAUAUUACUUUUGACAAUGGAACUGGAAGUCUACACAUAAACAAUAACAAUGGUUUUGAGAUUUGCUGCUCUAGUACGACAUCUGGUUGUAAUAAUCAAGGCGCUUGGGUCCCAGCUCCUAUAAAAGUGUCGGAAAAAUCGAACGUUCAAAUAGAUACUUCCGGUUGUUAUGGAAACAAUGUAACUGGUGUAAGGUACCUGUGGAGGGAAAGUCCGUGUGCACUAAAACAGUGUGCCCUGUACGAUAGCAGAACACAACUUCCUGUGCCACCUUUCAUUAAAAUAAAAAUGUUUAAAACAUCAGGUGGCAAUCUACGGAUGCCAAAAUAUUAUGGGAACCACAUGGUCCUACAACGUGCACCUGCUCGCGCCAUUUUGUGGGGAUAUGCUGACGUCAUUGGUGAUACAGUUUCUGUUCUCAUGAAUGACGUCAAAAUUGCAGAGACAACUGUGCGAAAAAGUACAAAGAACGGUACAGUAGGGAUUUGGAAAGUUAAACUUCCAGCUCAGACCAGUCCUGGACCACACGAGAUUCAAGUGGAAUCUAGUGAGGGAUUUCUCUCUUUUGUGGACGUCAUGUUUGGGGAUGUUUGGAUUUGUUCUGGACAAAGUAAUAUGCAGUUUACAAUGCGAGAGGUGUUCAACAGUACAUAUGAAAUCGAUGAUUCUAUAAAGUACGGUGAUAUUCGGAUGCUAUUUUCUGAUUUUAAACAAUCUAAUGUGCCACUUGACGAUGUCUCAUUAAAACGGCCGUGGAUAUAUCCCAUUAAAGGUAUCAUAAACGAGUUUUCGGCACUAUGCUUCAUGUUUGCACGUGAUCUUCAAAAACGUUUGAAAUAUCCAAUCGGAGUAAUUGAAUCAGAUUGGGGCGGUACUCCAAUAGAAGUCUGGAGUGGCCCGGAUGUUUUCCAAGCAUGUCCUUCACAGUCUACCUUGACUCCGAGUAUGUACUGGCCGACAGAGCGAGGGGUUCUCUGGAACUCUAUGAUACAUCCCUACCUGUCGAUGACAAUUAAAGGCGCCAUCUGGUAUCAAGGUGAAUCAAACGCAGGCCGACCUGACCUAUAUGCAUGUCAGUUUCCCGCCAUGAUUGACGACUGGCGGAAGAAAUUCCAUGCUGGAUCAGACGGUGAAACAAGUGAUCACUUCCCGUUUGGUUUCGUGCAGCUGGCACCGAACAGAGCUGGUAAUGUAGUUGGAGGUUUCCCGCCGACAAGAUGGGCACAGACGACAGAUAUUGGCUAUGUGCCAAAUUCAAAUAUGCCGGAUACAUUUAUGGCUGUUGCAAUUGAUUUGCCAGACUUUAAUUCUCCAUCCGGGACUAUUCAUCCGACAUAUAAACAAGAUGUAGCAUCUCGUCUAGUUCUGGGAGCCAUGAAUGUUGCUUAUAGAGACAAAAGUGUUGUAUUCCAAGGUCCAUUUCCUACCGAGUAUAAUAUGAACAAUGGUCAACACACACUAAGGAUCACUUUUGAUAAUGGGACUGGACAUUUACAAGUUAACAAUAACAACGGUUUCGAGAUUUGCUGUGCAAGUACUACUAGCGAAUGCAGUAAUUCAGCAGCAUGGUCUGUUGCCUCUAUCAAACUGUCAGAAACAUCUUCCAUUCAAAUAGAUGCUUCUGGUUGCCAUGGAAACAAUCAUAUUACUGGUGUAAGGUACCUAUGGAAGGAGAGUCCCUGUGCAUUGAAGACAUGUGCCUUGUACGAUAGUCGAACACAACUUCCUGUGCCACCUUUUAUUAAAAUUAAGAUGUUUCAAACUCCAGGCAUUGAUAUAAUCGGAUAGAAACCCUUUGUUUCAAUAAAGAAUACAAUUAAA